UGGAAUCUCGACUUAGAGAUGGUAGUGAUAAUAAUUUAUAUAAUCCAACUCCUGGUACUCCAAAACAAAACUUUCAAAUGGAAUAUCCACCUGAACCUUUUUUUGGUCCAGAUGGAGAUUCGAUGAUAAAAACUCCUUCUGAUAUUGUUGACACUGACCCAACACAACCAAUACCCAAGUGUACUGAUCCACUCUCAGCUGAUACUUAUCCAAUGCCAAGAUGUGUCUCUAAUAUUAUAAAUAAUUAUCGUUUAGAUCAGUUUGAUAUACAAAAGGCAAUGGGUUAUCGAUCUAAAAGGCAAACUAGUCAUUUGACUACUUUCUUUGCUCAAUUUGUUAGUUUUGAUAUUAGUAGUUCAAAAAGUCAAACUCAACCAAGUCUUAAAUUAUAUAUACCAUCUGAUGACGAAACAUAUAAUACGUAUAAUUCUGUAACAACAUUACCAGGUCAAUUAAGUAAUUCAAAGGCUCUUCCUUUUAAUCGUUCAGAUUUUCUUCCUACUGCUACACAAAAACCCAAACGUACUGGUUAUAAUGGUGUAACUCCUUUUCUGGACUUGAGUGCUAUUUAUGGUAUCACUGCUGAAGAUGAAAAAAAUCUUCGCGAGGGCACUGGAGGAAAAUUAAAAACCAGUGGAAAUGCAUAUGACCCUUACCCAUUUAAGGAUCAAACAACAGGACUAUAUGUUACUGGACCCACUUCCAAACGAUCAAAUAAUAUUUUUACAAUGGCAAUUCAGACUAUUUGGUUACGUGAACAUAAUAGAUUAUGUGAUUAUUUUUAUGAAAAAAAUGGUGAUACAUGGAAUGACACUCAAUAUUAUGAAGAGGCUAUGAAAUGGAAUAUUGCAUUUUAUCAAAAAGUUGUUAUUGAAGAAUAUCUUGGUGUUGUAACGGGUAAACCACUGCCACCAUAUCAAAAAUACAAUCCAGAUCUAACUCCAGGAAUUGAUGUAUUUUUUUCAACAAUAACAUUCAGAUAUGGUCAUAGUGAGCUGAGUGAUUUUUAUCAAAUUCAUGAUGAUUAUGAUGGUACAAUUGUGGAAUUAUCAUUACAAAAUACUAUGAAGAUGGGUUUACUAGAAAAAUUUGGUGCAGCAAGAUUGUUAAGGUCAAUGUCUUUGCAACGUCAAGAAGAUGUUGAUAUAUAUUAUUCUGAUGCAUCAAGAAAUGUUAAAUCACUUGACCUAAACGCUUAUGAUCUCCCAGCAUUUGAUGUUUUAAGAGCUAGAGACAGAGGAAUUUCAUUAUAUAAUAAUGUUCGUCAGGCAUAUGGUUUAAAAAAAAAAGAUUCAUGGGCAGAUAUAACUUCAGUUAAAGAAAUACAAGAUAAUCUACAACAAUUAUACCCUAAUGGAGUUGAUCAACUGGAAGCUUUGGUUGGAGCAAUGGCUGAAGAUCAUUUGAAUGGAUCAAAUUUUGGUGAAUUGAUGAACAUUAGUAUGAUCACUCAGUUUAUUAAUAUUAGAGAUUCAGAUAGAUUUUGGUGGGAGAAUAAAGAUAAUGGCUUGUUUACUGAUGAAGACAGAGCCAUAAUUAGAAAUACGACAUUUAGAGAUAUUAUUAUGCGUAAUUUAGCAGCUAUUUUUCAACCAGCAAUCCCACAAAGUAUUUGGUCAGUCCAACCACCACAGAAAUUGGCUGACACACAAUUAAAAUACCUUAAUCGUAUUGCUUUAUGGCCAACAGCAUAUAUUGUUGGUUAUGAAAUUGUUGGAAAUGAUAUUAACUUCCAAGUUCAAAUACUUACUACAGGUGGCAAUGCAUGGUUUGGAAUGGGAUUUGAUCCUGAUGAUGAUGGUAUGAGUAAUGCAGAAUUUAUAGUUGGAAUUAUUUCUAAUGGAAAUAUAUCAUCUUUAUCAAAUUAUGAUUCAACUGGUUACAACCCUCCUAUGUAUGUUGGUGAUGAUUCAGAUUUACAAAUUAUUAAAUUCACUCCCCCUGCCAAUGACAAUUUUGCAAUUAUUGAAUUCUCAAGACCUUUAGAACCUAGUGGAAGAAAACCAAUUAGAAAUGGACUUAUGAAAUAUGUUUUGGCUUAUAACCCUACAAGCUCUGUAUUUUCAUAUCAUCAAAAUAAUCGUCAAAUUAUGCAGAUUAAUUUUUACAAUUAUAUAUUAUUAUCACCAUCUAAUGGUCUAAGAUAUGUGAAAUUAGCUCAUGGACUUGGAAUGUUCUUAAGUUGGUGUGUUCUAUUCCCUGCUUCUAUUUACAUUGUAAGAUAUUACAAACACACCAAUAAUUACAUCAAGAUACAUCGAUUUGUACAAUUGUUUGGUAGUAUUUGUAUUGUUGGUUUUGGUGCAGCAGCUAUGGCAACAUUGAGUAUAAAAACAAAUCAUUCAUUGUUGGGACUGUCAAUAUAUAUUUUGUUGUUUAUUGAACUUGGAUUAGGUCUAAUAUCAAUUUGGGGUCAAGAGGCAAUAGUUUCAGUUAAUCAGGGGUAUCCUAGAUUUGUUAAAAGAAUUCACAGAUUUUUUGGAAUUUCUUUAAUAUUAUCUGCAUGGGUAAAUGUAUAUUUGGGAAUUGAGACAUAUUCUUUAUCUUAUGGAGUUGAAUCAUUAUAUUAUAAGAUUGCAUAUCUUGCAUGGAUUGGUGUAUUGAUAGUAGCAUUUAUGUUUGAUCUUGAUAAAUUACCAGAAUUUACAUGGAGAGAAGUUAAUGAACGUGUUCAACGUGGAGCAUAUUUAGUAGUUUGUGAUGGGUUUAUUGUUAAUAUGAGAAAAUGGAUUAGGGUACAUCCUGGUGGAGCAAAAAUUCUUGAGAGAGUCAUUGGAACAGACAUAACAAAUGAUUUUUUUGGUUAUAAAGGUAAAGAGAUUAUUGAGCAUAUUGAUUUACCAGAAAUAAAAAGCACUGGAAAUUCAACAGCAAAUGAAUCAGUUUUAGGGCAAUAUACAAAUAUUUUACAUGAGAGAACCAAGAAAUACACAACUCAAAAAAAUUCAGUUGCACAAGUUGUUGAUGAUAUGAAUAUUAAAUAUUUUUUAAAGGCACCUUUGGCUAUUCACCCACAUAGUUUAUUUGCAAUCAAAAAAAUAGCAACAAUGGUUGUGGCAAAAUUAAAAAAUAGCUCAGAUGUUGAGUUAUCAUCUGCACCAAUAUUUGGACCAACAAAUGUAGCUGAUGGAGGAUUAAGUGAUGAGGAAAUUGCUAAACAAGACACAGCAUUUAGAAUAAUGUUUCGCAGAUACAAAUUGACAUCUAAAGUACCUGUAAAUGCCAGUAAAGAAUUUCCAGUGAUGAAAUUCACAUUCACAAUAGUACAUCAAAAUAUAGACGGUUAUAAAAGUCGUCAUCAUAAAUUGAAAUUCUUGCCAGGACAUUAUAUUGAAGUGCAAUCAAGAAUUAAAGGACAAGUGGUAAUUAGAAGUUACACACCAAUAGAAGGCAAUAUUGUUCAAAGUUUCAGUAUUUUUGUUAAAGUGUAUCCAGAUGGGUUAAUGUCACGACAUUUGAAUGAACAAUUAAAAGGAUAUGAGAUUCAAGUGAGAGGACCAUUUGAUGUUGGAGAUAGAGAAGUUUUGGAAACAUCAUCAAUAUCCCAAGCUGCUGAUAUAACAUCAUUAUAUAGAAAAUCAAGUUUAUAUUCAAAAAAAAAUAUACCAUUUAUAUCUUCAUCAACAAGUUCUUUACUUAAUCCUAAUACUCAUGAUGGUCAUUGGAAAGAAUUAUACAUGAUUUGUGGUGGUACUGGAAUUGCACCAAUGUUACAAUUGAUAACAUACCAUUUGGAAUUAUGUAUGAGACGUAGCCAUGCAUCAACAAUGCGUAAUAAAGAAGUAACAAUGCAUUUGUUAUAUGGUAAUAAGAAAAUAGAGGAUAUAAUCAAUGGUGUAGAACUAGAAGAGUAUGAAAUGAGUAGUAGGGGUAUGCUAACUAUAACAUAUGCACUAGAUGAACAAAUUCAAGAUUGGAAGGGGAAAAGUGGCGAAAUUGAUCAAGAAAUGAUUUUAGAUUGGUUAAAUUCAAAGGCAAGUAACUUGAUUGUCAAUAAUAACAAUAGCAGCAACGAUUAUGAAAUCAUCAACGACAACAAUAAUAUAACUGUACCAAGCUCUCCUACUAGUCCAAAUUUUCCAACUAAUCCUACUAGUCUACCACCAUAUAAAAAACAUCCAUCAUAUGUUGCUUCAUCCACUGAUAAAAAUAAGAAGCCAAAUUCUGUACAAUUUAUUGAUGAUAACAAUACAAUGAAUACAGCAAAUUCACCAAUAGCUAGUAAAAGUCCAUCACGAACUAAUACUCCUUUAUCAUAUGUUGCUUCAUUAACUGACAAAAAUAAGAAGCCAAAUUAUAUACAAUUUAUUGAUGAUAACAAUACAAUGAAUACAACAAAUUCACCAAUAGUUAGUAGAAGUUCAUUACGACUUGAUACUCCUUUGUCAUAUGUUAGCUCAUUAACUAAUAAAAAUAAGAGGUCAAAUAUUACACAAUUUAAUGAUGGUAACAAUACAACGAAUACAACAAAUUUAUCAACAGUUAGUAAUCCUAACGAUAGCAACACUACAGUAUAUUCAUCAGUUACCAAUAAUGUUUAUAGAACAUCAAUUAAUCCCGAAAGUGCUUUAAGUCAUAAUUAUAUUGAUUCAAGUCAAAAUCCAUCACCACCUGUCAAUAUAAAUGAUGAUUCUGAAAUUGAUAGUCAAUUUAGUGAAACGCAUAGUAGUAGUAGUGCCAAUGAUAAGAAAAAACCUAAACUUGAUCCUAACAGUAAAAUAAUUGUUUGUGGACAACCUGGUAUGAUAAAUGUAGUUGAGAAAUCGUUAAAAAAUCUAGGUUUUACUGAGGAUGAUUUUAUAUUGAUAACAUAG